AAGCUGUGUUGGACACAAAGGGACAGCUGUGAGGACAAAGGUGGAAUUGCCUCUACCUCAGGAUCAUGAAACAGCCCCUGAUCCUGUCCCUUCUCCUGCUGGGGAUGGUUUCUGCUUUCCAUCUGGACUCUGCUCACCCUCAUCUGGAGACUCCCAAGAGAGAAGAAGACCUGAAUCCAGAAGCAGAUGGUUCCAGGGAACAGGGGAGAGAGUUGGUUCUGACUCAAGGGAUAAUGCAGACAGGGGGAGAGGAGGUUGAGGGUUCUGAACAUCAAGACGUCUUUGAGGAUGGGGAGGCAAUGGAGUCAGAACCCGAUGCCUUAGAUGAGGACUCUGUAUGCCCCAGGGAAGAGGACACAGCUCAUUUUCAGGGAACUCCUGGGUGCAAGAGCUGCCGCUAUGUGCUGGUGAGGACUCCUAAGACAUUUGAUAAGGCUCAGAAACUCUGCAGACGAUGUUACCGAGGCAACCUUGCCUCCAUCCACACCUUCAGUUUCAACUUCCAAGUUCAGAGCUUGGCCAGGAAGAUCAACCAGUCCAUCGUCUGGAUUGGAGGCAUCCUCAGGGGAUGGUUCUUCUGGAAGAACUUUUGCUGGACUGAUGGGAGCCGCUGGGAUUUUGGAUACUGGGCCCCAGGGCAGCCUGGGAAUGGGGAAGGACACUGUGUGACUCUGUGUGCCAAAGGGGGCCAUUGGCGAAGAGCUUCAUGCAAAAGUCACCUGCCUUUCAUCUGCUCCUUCUAAAAUGGAGCUAGACCCUGCUAAGACGGAGCUAGACCCUGCCGAGAUGGAGCUAGACCCUACUUGGAACCUCCUGCCUUCGCAGCCCUGGCUGCACAUGUCCCAUCCUUUGGUGUUCAAUUCUGUCCCCAGUCUCUCCUGAUCAUAAAGUCAGACUUCCCACAGCA